AUGGACCCAACUCUUACUCAAGGAAAUCCAAAUGCUGAUGCUGUUCAAAAUUCAGAUACAUAGCUUACCAGCAAAUAUAAUUUCAAUCCAUAAGUUAUGAAAGUUGCAGCAGUUGCUUCAGGCUUUCCAGUUAGUGCUUCCUCAGAACAUGACCCAGGGCACUCAGUUCAUAGAUGCAUCAUCAAUGUGAACAAUGCCAGAGAAGGAGCUACUACCUGGUGUGCUGGAGCCAAUGACACAUAACAAUGGAUCUAAGUCUGUUUAAUCACUCCAAAGUUAGUGACAAGUGUCGCAUUGUAAGGCAGAGGACAAGGAUGCGAUUAAUGGGUAACCAGAUAUAGAAUCAUGUAUUCAAUUGAUGGUAUUAAUUGGAAAUAUCAUGAAUAAGGACAAGAAUAUGUGGGAUCUAUGGAUUCUACUACUGUAGUAGAAUAAGAAUUUAAGGAGCCAUUUUUUGCGAGAACAGUAAGAAUUGUUCCUACAUAAUGGCACGGUCAUAUCUCAACUAGUUUUGAAGUAUAUUUCAUGGAAUGA